AUGGAAAAGCAGGAUCUUGGGCUUCCGAAAUUUUUCAUGGUAUUAGAGCGGUUGCUUCGGGAAGACAAAGAGGAGGAACCUGAGCUUAGUGAAGAACCACCUGUUCUUUUCAGUCUUGAACCGGUCCUCGAGUCGAGCUUUGACCUCCUUGGCGGCAAUAACCUUCUUGUCCCGAGAUUGGAGCGUGUCGAGGGUAAUGAUGUCCUUGAGAUGGGCUUUCACUCAGGACUUCUUCGCCGACUUCUUCGCAGAGUCCUUGUGAAUGACCUUCUUCGUGUACUUAGCGGAAGCAGGGCAGUAACCAACGUAACAUUGCGACAGCCUGCUGCACCUGGAGUUGUUGUUGCACUGCAUGGCCGGUUCGUGAUACUAUCCCUUACCGAAGCCUUCCUACCUGGACCUGCUCCUCUGGGGUCGACUGGGCUGACGGUGUACCUAGCUGGCGGUCAAGGGCAAGUGGUGGGUGGUAGCGUGGUUGGCACACUUAUGACAGCGGGGCCGGUCAUGGUGAUUGCGGCAACAUUUUCCACUGCAACAUUCGAGCAGCUGCCACUUGACGAAGAGGAAGAAGCAGGUAGCGGAGGCCAGGGGCAGCUCCCUUGA